UUUUUAUUGAACAUAAUGAACAAACAAAUAUAUAAACAAAUAUUCAUCUAUAAUGAUAUUGAUGCAUGCAAAUAAACAAGUAUUAAACAAGGCACAUAUUAUAAAAAAAAAGAAAGAAGUCGACAGGAAGUGCUGUGCGCUGCGGUGUGUCGCCCUCUAGUGCCGCAGACGCGCUACUGCAGCAACACAAUGAGCGUCAGUGCGCGCUCUCACAUUACGAGUUUACAAAGACUAAUUCAGUUUACACCCGUCAGAGCCGCCGAAGGACGUGUCAUUACUGAAUUACUCUCAUUUUCUGCAAUUGAACACUUUGAUCUGUGAGCAUCGCGGAUCAGUGUGUGAGCAAGAGACAGCAUCAUCAUCAUCCUCACCACCAUCAUCAUCAUCAUCAUCCAGCGGAGGACAAAGACGCAGAAAUGGGUCACAGCAGCGGCUGAUCUCAGGAUCUGUGAGGACGUCUGUCUCUUCUGCUCCGUGUUCCUCAAACAUCACGUCAUGUUCAUCAGCUGUGUUCUGCUGCUGUGUCUCCUGCACGUCUGCGGCGGGACGCUGGCCCCCGACAGAGAGAUGUGCUACUCGCGGGAGCAUCGGGACGUUGCUGUAAACACGCAUGUGGCUCUGGAUCAGAAGGGAACCAUCAUGGUGGCCCGAGCCAAGCCCUCAGUGAAAGACUGCAUCCUAACCUGCUGCUCGGAGGACGUUGCUUCAGGGCUGAAGUGUAAUCUGGUGGUGUAUAAACCGCCGGACCAGCUCGGAGAUCUCAACUGUCAGCUCUUCCACUGUCCGAGCGAGAGAGACUGCCCGCUGAUGGCGGCCAGCGAUGGGGUCAACACUUACAACAUAUUCAAGGACGGACUGGAUGAUGGUUUAACUCAUCCAACAACUAAAGGAAGUGGAAGAAUUACAGCCAAAACUGCAGCGCCUCAGCUGACCACGACCACGACUACACCCAGAACACCUGCGACUACACCCACUUCACCUGUGACUACACCCACAACACCCGCAACUACACCCAGGACACCUGCGACUACACCCACAUCACCUGUGACUACACCCACAACACCCGCGACUACACCCAGAACACCUGCGACUACACCCACAUCACCUGUGACUACACCCACAACACCUGCGACUACAACUACACCCACAACUACAACUAAACCCACGACUAAACCCACAACACCUGCGACUACAACUACACCCAAAACUAAGACUACACCCACAACACCUGCAACUACAACUACACCCAAAACUAAGACUACACCCACAAUACCUGCAACUACAACUACACCCACGACACCAGCACCAACAACCACCACCAGCACCACAUCCAGCAGCGAAGCCACCGAAGCAGCGCUGACCGAGUCAGAAUCACCCAAGAUGUUGGAAACCGUCGCUAUGACGACCGCAUCCACUACCACGGCAACCAGCACCACACAGUCCACCUCCACUAAAAGCACUAAAGCGCCACGGACACCCAUCAAACCCAGCCGACCCAAGAAACCCAGCAAACCCUCGAGACCAGAGACGCAUUCAGUGAAGCCCGGCAGAAUCACCACGAUCCCGGCGAGCAGCACACCUGCAACUACAACCACAACUACAACUACAACCACACCUGCAACUACAACCACAACCACGACACCUGCAACUACAACUACAACUACAACCACAACCACAACUACAACCACAACUACAAGCACAGCAGCGCUGAUCGAGCUGGAGAGCGACCCGAAGCGCCGGGAUUUCAACCGUCCCGUUCUGUCUCUUCCAGGGAAGCCCAAGGUGUCUCGAGUGAUGUGGAAGAACAGCCUGGUGGCCAUCGUGGUGAUCACGCUCGUCUUCCUCGUGCUCAUCCUCGCUCUGGUGGCCCGUAAAGCCAUGGAGUCUUUCGACAGGCGUCACUACACCAGACUGGAGCUCAACGACCUGCACUACGAGGUCUAAACGCCAUCCGAUGGAGAAACGUGUUUUCCUGUUAACUCACUGGGAAAAAGCUUUGUAUUUUAAUGUUUAGGCUGUUUGGUGUAGACACUGAACGCUGUCGACGCUUCAUCUGUGAAUAGAGACUGAAGGAGAGAAAUCAAAAGCAAUACACUGAACUCAGGUGGAGUGCGAUGGUGAGCAGCAUCACUCCUGCAAGACGUUUCUUUGGCUCGUGUUUGAUUUGUGAGUGCACUGGCUGUUUCUUUCACUGUGUUUUCCUGAUCCAGAGCACAGAUCUCCUUCACUGAUGGAUGUGCACCUCUAUCGUUCGACGUGAGCGCUGGCGAGAUCUCACAUGCGUUCCAUGUUUUCACUGUAACUGAACGAGCGGCGCGGUGCGAAUGAAUGAAUGAGGGUGUUUGUAAUUCACUGCAUUUUUUUGGAUGAUUGUCUGCUUUAAUGAUCACUGAAACCUGCAUGAGAUUCAGAAAUCUGUCCGGUUCAUUCAGUUUCUUCUUCGGUAUUUUCUAAUUUGUUAUUAUAUGUUGUUGGUAAAUUUUUGGUGGGCCGUGGCUUUUACAAACACCUUGAGAUUAAUGUGAUUAUUUCUCUUGCAAGAAAUAAAACUGAGUCUUUUUCAGUAUUUAAAAGAUUUGUUAUAUUCUGAUUAAAAUGAGGAGUGCUGAAGGUAUUGGUUCAUUUUUGUGAGUUAUACAAUACACAAGCAACAGUAAAUAAUGUUUCAAAAGCUUGUUUAGAAUACUUGUUAGUGCAAACAACGAUCAGCGCUGUUCUUUUGAACUUUCUAUUCAUCUGUGAAUCCUGAAAAAUAAAAUGUAUGACAGUUUCCACAAAAAUAUUGGUUUUCAACAUUGAUAAUAAUCAGAAUGUUUGUUGAGCAGCAAAUCAGCAUAUUAGAAUGAUUUCUGAAGAUCAUGUGACACUGAAGACUGCAGUAAUGAUGCUGAAAAUACAGCUGCAUCACAGAAAUACAUUACAGUUUAACACAUAUUCACAUAGAAAACAGACAUUUUAAACUCUAAUAAUAUUUCACAAUUUAUACUGUAUUUCUGAUCAAAUAAAUGCAGUCUUGGUGAGUUUCUUUGAAAUGACAUUAAAAAUCUUACUGUAGGGUAUACUUAAUACAAAUACAAUUUAAUGACGGCAAAUAAGA